GUAUUAAUGCGCAGACGGGGAAGCUCAGCAGCUGCGUGUGAAGCGCUCGGUAACACCUCUGACACAUCUGUGUGUGUGAGUGAGUGUGUUUAAAAGACUAACUUACUCUUCCUUUAACAACCAUGAAGUUUCAAUACAAAGAAGAGCAUCCUUUUGAGAAGAGGCGAUCGGAGGGAGAGAAAAUCAGGAAGAAAUAUCCAGACAGGGUUCCUGUAAUUGUGGAAAAAGCUCCUAAAGCCAGAAUAGGGGACCUAGACAAGAAGAAAUACCUGGUCCCCUCUGACCUGACGGUGGGCCAGUUUUACUUUCUCAUCCGCAAGCGAAUCCACCUGAGAGCCGAGGAUGCUCUCUUCUUCUUCGUAAACAACGUCAUUCCCCCGACCUCCGCCACCAUGGGCCAGCUGUACCAGGAACAUCACGAAGAAGAUUUCUUCCUUUACAUCGCCUACAGUGACGAGAGUGUGUAUGGAGAAUAGAGCCAAAGGGAAACGACCCUCAUCUCCUCUCUUUCUUCCUUUUAAAACAAUAUAUAGACGUCAUGCUGGCAGCCUAGCGCUCUCGGAACUGAAGUAUCAGAUGCACUUUUGCUUUCAAUUUAACAUAUCUCCUUUGUGUUUUUAUCAUUCGGCCUGACAUUCAAUUCUGAUGUUUAUUAAGAAUUUACUAAGAAGCAGUUUUUUAUUUUUCACGGGUCUUGCAAAGCUCUAAUGCUGUGGACAUGUCACUGAUACUGUUACAAUUCGAAUUGAUUUCCGCUUAUAUGCAGCUGUGUGUCCAUUUAUAAUAUUUAGACCUUUCCUAGUCAAGCUCAUGUCAAAUGUUUCUGACCAUAAAUGAGCGUUUGCUCUUCUAGAUGGUUUCUAACUAGCAUGUGCAGUCCAGCACUCGCUGGUCAGUCAGUCGAGAAAUGGGACUAAAGUGUAUUCUGUUAUCAGCUAAGUCUAAUAUGCUGUUGUUACCUUGGUUUUCUUUUAUUAUUGUACCUAAAUGAAUGUAGAUGGUAGAUUUAUUUUAAGUUGUAAAUCGAAAGUGCAAGUUUUAUUUGCAGUUUUGUAUUGUUUUGUUUUUUAAUCUUGGUAUUCAGUUGUAUUUCUGGUACCCCUGACAAUAACCAUAUAAACCAAAUGCACACCAA